CAGUGAUAGUAGCAGCUGUAGUAAGUUGUUGUCUUCUUCAGUCUCCGUCAGCCGGCGAGCAGGGCGCGUGGGCUACUCGGCGUGACGUCAGUCCCAGCAUGGCGGUCAAGGUGCAGUCCACCAAGCGAGCUGACCCCAAUGAGCUGAAGGAAAUAUUCCUGAAGCACGCGAGUGUGGUGGAGGAUGGGGAACAUUACAUGACUCCUAAAGAUUUUGUGCAGAAUUAUCUGGGACUUCACACUCAACCCAACCAUAAUCCCAAAACUGUACAACUCAUAGCUGGAGUCGCCGACACCACUAAAGAUGGACUGAUCUCUUUCCAGGAGUUUCUCGCCUUUGAAUCAGUACUAUGUGUGCCGGAUGCCCUCUUCAUUGUUGCCUUUCAGCUAUUCGAUAAGACUGGAACUGGUGAUAUUUCUUUUGAAAAUGUACGAGAUAUCUUCAGUCAGACCACAGUGCACCAUCACAUCCCCUUCAACUGGAACUGUGAAUUCAUCCACCUGCACUUCGGCCAGGACCGCAAAAAACGCCUCAGCUACUUAGAGUUCACUCAGUUCCUCCAGGAGCUGCAGUUGGAGCAUGCCCGCCAGGCCUUUGUUCAGAAAGACAAGAAGAACAGCGGGAUGAUCUCAGCUCUAGACUUCAGUGACAUCAUGGCCACCAUUCGCCACCAUGUGCUAACGCCGUUCGUAGAGGAGAACCUUGUCUCAGUUGUGGGUGGAGGCACCACACACGUGGUCAGCUUCUCGUAUUUCAACGCCUUCAACUCCCUCCUCAACAACAUGGAGCUCAUUCGUAAGAUCUACAGCACAAUAGCCGGCACGCACAAGGACACACUCGUCACCAAAGAGGAAUUUGUUAAUGCUGCCAACAAGUUUGGUCAGAUCACUCCUAUGGAGGUAGACAUCCUGUACCAGCUCUCUGGCCUCCACGCUCACUCAGGUCGUUUGAAUCUGGCUGAUAUAGAGAGAAUAGCUCCUCUGGAGGAAGGCGCUCUGCCGUAUCACCUUGCUGAAGUGCAGAGGCAGCACACAGACGCUUCACGGCCAGUCUGGCUCCAGGCUGCGGAGUCUGCGUACCGCUUCACGUUGGGCUCCAUCGCGGGAGCCACGGGUGCCACAGCUGUGUACCCCAUAGACCUGGUGAAGACACGCAUGCAGAACCAGAGGUCCACUGGCUCGUUUGUGGGAGAGCUCAUGUACAAGAACAGCUUUGACUGUGCAAAGAAAGUGCUACGAUACGAGGGUUUCAUCGGCUUCUACAGAGGUCUGCUUCCACAACUGAUCGGAGUAGCUCCUGAGAAGGCUAUCAAACUCACUGUCAAUGAUUUUGUGAGAGAUAAAUUCACUGAUAAAGACGACACCAUUCCACUGGCUGCAGAAAUACUGGCAGGAGGCUGUGCUGGAGGAUCUCAGGUGAUCUUCACCAAUCCUCUGGAGAUUGUGAAGAUCCGUCUGCAGGUGGCCGGUGAGAUCGCCACAGGGCCGCGGGUCAGCGCUCUCACUGUUGUGCGGGACCUCGGAUUCCUUGGACUCUACAAGGGAGCGAAGGCCUGCUUCCUCAGAGACAUUCCUUUCUCUGCCAUCUACUUCCCUGUUUACGCUCAUGCCAAGAUCCAGCUAACUGAUGAGGAGGGCAGACUGGGGGCGCUGCAGCUGCUCACCGCUGGAGCUAUCGCAGGUGUCCCCGCUGCUUCGUUGGUGACCCCUGCUGAUGUCAUCAAAACGCGUCUGCAGGUGGCAGCCCGUGCAGGCCAGACAACAUACAGCGGUGUGAUCGACUGCUUCAGAAAGAUUCUGAGGGAAGAGGGUUUCAGUGCAUUCUGGAAGGGAGCAGGAGCACGUGUGUGUAGGUCUUCCCCUCAGUUUGGUGUCACACUCGUCACCUAUGAGCUCCUGCAGAGGUGGUUCUACGUCGACUUUGGAGGACACCGACCCGCUGGAUCAGAGCCAACAGCAAAGCCGCGGAUCUCAGAUCUUCCUCCACUGAGCACAGAUCACAUUGGUGGAUACAGGCUGGCCGCUGCAACGUUUGCUGGAGUGGAGAACAAGUUUGGUCUGCACCUGCCCAAGUUCAAAUCGUCAGGUGCUGUAACAGUCAGAGCCGCUCCGACAGAGCAGACGCCCCAGGCCUCAUAGAGCGCCAUUCAGCUCCAGCCAGCUGUAUGAUCAGCCUUCAGACGCCUCUUUCCUUCAAACUCAAACCCUGCCAUUUAGCCGGAGUGACACUCCUAUGCAUUACAACUGUGUCCCCUCCUCCUGCAUGAACAGGGCUCUUCGUAUUUAUCUAUUUAUUUAUUACUUCUUGCAUGGUUUGCACAAAUGUUACUGCACAUAUUGUAUAUGUACGUGCAGGGAAAACUUUGAUCCUUUAAAAGCGCUAAAUCUGUUAUAAAUACAGAUCUGGAAAAAAUUGAGAGUGAUUUUGCUAUUUAUAGGUAUAUGUAUGAAUAAAAUGAACAUUGUUGUUUUA